AUGAAUCUUCGAUCUGAAGAUCGAAGUAUUUUAAAAGAUUGGUUUCUCUAUUUGAAAUUAAUUAUUACUGGUUUGGCGAAGAUCCCAUCGUUUUCCAGAAAUCUCUAUCGAGGAGUAAGAAUGAACCUCGCCACAAAAUAUCAAAAUGGAGAAACUGUUAUUUGGUGGGCAUUUUCAUCCUGUACAACCACAAAGGAAGUACUCAAACAGGACGCUUUCUGCGGUAGUAAAGGUGAAAGAACGAUUUUCGAGAUUAACUGCUAUUCUGGUAAGGAUGUGCGUGAAUAUUCGAAAUUUCCUAGCGAGAGCGAAGUUCUACUCAUCGCUGCUACACAGUUUCGAGUCGUGUCUAAUGUGAACAAGGGUGAUGGACUGAUCGUUAUUCAGUUGGAGGAAACUGAACCAAAAUAUCCUCUUAUUGAAAAAGGAGCAAUUCAAAAUUUUUCUUCACCAAUAGCUCAAUCGCAAAAGUUAAGUACACCAGGGAAACGUCUAGUACAUGUUCCUAAAACUAAACAACCAAUAGAUAUACCUUUGGACUCUGUAUUUGAUGAAAGUUCGCGCAACCCAGAAAUUGUUCGUCAAAUUAAUCGAACCCAAUUUCGAUCUAAAGUGGUCAUCGAAGGUCAACGACUCAACAAAGAAGACAUGAGAGAUGUUGUCGAAAAGGUCAUUAUUAAAAAGCAAUGUCCACAAAUUCAAAUACGCAAUGCUGAAAUGACAAUCGAAAGUAUAUCAGAGCUUGGUAGAGGAAUACGCGAAAGCACGACGGUGAAUGAAGUUGAUCUUUGUGGUAGUCGAUUGUCCAGUAAUGAUAUUUCUCACUUGGUGGGAGAACUAUCCAUUCCUCAAACGCACACCGUGGAACAAUGGAAAUGUUGUGGGUUAACACGCAUGAAGACAUUAGAUGGCGGUCCACUCAAAGUACUUAGUCUUGCUAAAAAUAACAUCGACGAUGAUGGUGUAAAGCAUAUUGUGGGAUUGCUCAGAUUAAAACGAACACUGACCGAGUUAUAUUUAAAUGACAAUCAAAUUGGCGAUGCAGGUGUCGAAAAAUUAGCUACGGCUCUUUCUCAUCCAGCUGCAGUUCUGCAAAAGCUCUAUUUACAGGACAACAAACGAAUAACUGAUCGAAGUGUCAAGUCUCUGACUGAAAUGUUCGAAAAGAGCCAAUCAUUAAAUACGCUUUGGUUGCUCAAUUGUGGUUUAACUGACAAUGGUAAACAGGAACUGAGUGAAGCAGCUGGCUUAAAACGAGGAUUCUAUUUGAACAUCGAAAGAUUUGCUUAUUAA